GGUUUAUUUGUGCAGAUUAAUGGAAUGAUGGUGCGGAAAGGGCAGAGCGAUCCUGCCGGGCUCAGCGGGGACUCCUCGGGAGGCAGCUGGAAGGGGAGUGGUGGCAGCAGUGGGGUCCCCAGCGGCAUGCGUGUGCCCCUCAGGCACCAUGGCUAGCGGCGGCUCUGGCAAGUCCACUACUGAGGCAUCCACCGCCAGUGGCAGCGUUUUGCCAAGGAAGAAGCUUGUUGCCGUCUGUGACCUCUGCAAGAUCAAGAUGCAGCUGGUAGCAGAUUUGCUACUGUUAUCCAGUGAGAGCCGGCCUGUCCACACCGAGAGCUUGUCUGUCUUUGGAGAAUCCUUUGAAAAGUGCAGGGACACCAUCAUUGCCAGGACAAAAGGCCUGUCCAUUCUGACCCAUGAUGUCCAGAGCCAACUCAACAUGGGCCGUUUCACGGAGGUGGGGGAAAUCCUGGGGGAGAUGGGUGACCUGGUCGUCUCCUUGACAGAGUGUUCGGCCCACGCUGCUUACCUGGCCGCGGUGGAGACACCCGGGGCUCAGCCGGCUUCUCCCGGCUUGGUGGAUCGCUACAAGGUGACCAGGUGUAAGCACGAGGUGGAACACGGGUGUGGGAUCUUGAAGACCACCCCUCUGGCUGACCUAAGCCCUCAGCUCCUUUUGGAGGUCUCUCAGAACAUGUCCAAGAACUUGAAGUUCCUGACCGACGCCUGCGUCCUGGCCAGUGAGAAAUCCAAGGAUAGGUUUGCCAAGGAACAGUUCAAACUCAGCGUCAAAUGCAUGAGCACCAGCGCCUCUGCCCUCCUGGCCUGCGUCCGGGAGGUCAAGACUUCCCCCAGCGAGCUGACGCGCAACCGGUGCAUCUUGUUUAGUGGACCUUUGGUGCAGUCCGUUUGCGCCUUGGUGGGCUUUGCCACAGAGCCUCAGUUUUUGGGCAAAGCGGCCUCCAUCAACCCAGAGGGCAAAGCUGUGCAGACGGCCAUUUUGGGCGGUGCGAUGAGUGUUGUCUCGGCUUGCGUGCUCCUUACUCAAUGCCUCAGGGAUAUAGCCCAACACACCGACAGUAGCGCCAAGAUGACUGAAUAUAGGGAAAGGUUGAGGAACGCUGCUUGUGCCAUCUCCGAUGGCUGCAACCUGUUAUCUCAGGCUCUAAGGGAACGCUCGUCACCCCGGACUCUACCGCCAGCAAAUGCAAAUUCUGUGAAUUAAUUGUUUCAGUUUUAGAUUGCAUGGCCGCCUCUAACAGAAAGAUACAACAUCCCUUCUCCUGCCCCAGAUUUUGUUUUCAUAUACCAAAGAAUUUGUGUAGAGCAGUCCUUUAAUUCUUGUUAUUAUUGCUCAAAUAACAGUGUGAUGAGAUGAGGCAGCGAAACCAUGCUUUUUUAGCUUACAUGUCAUAAUCAGCAUGGAUGUCUGUAACCCCCAUCUUUAAAUCAUCCAGGCAGCCUAAACAUGGAACUGUAGGAGACUUGUAAUGGUGUCAAGGAAGCCUGUAGAAUUCCAUGCAGGCAAGCGAGCAGAGGAAAUCUGCAGUCCUCACUUCCUUCCGUAUGCUCGGCACAAAAUCAAGGUCAGUUGUUGGAGGACAAGGGUCUCCUCUUCCACGCCUUGUGUGAAAGGGUUUAAGUUCCCUGCCUUUCUCUUGCCAGCUGCCAGCAGGCGACUAGAAUAUUGCCCAGGCUAGUAACUUGGGGGGAAUUAUUCCUAAGGCUGCAUCCAAGCUGACUCUCCUUUAUAGCUUCUUUCUUUAGUUGAAGCCUGUGACCAAGCAAAGGUUUACUGAUGGGGUCCAACGUUAAUCGUGCUGGAUGCGAUUUUAAAAUGUUAGGAGAUGGGAGGGGAGUUAGUGGGAGGAGGGUGGUUCUUUCAAAAUCUCCUAGAUUUUAUUGUUUAGUUGGGCAGGAAGGAGAAGAAAAAAGUUACCUCAGUUUUCAUACGCUCGGGAAGAAAGAAAACUUUAAGGAUGGAUGUAGCUACGAUUUUAUUUUAUUUUUUUUUGGUAUGGUUACUUUUGAGUUGUGAUGGGUUAGAAGUGCAUUUGCAGGGAAAGCAACAAGGCUGGGUGUCAUUUUCCAAUGGGGAGAGUGGGGGAGCUACUGUGAGUGUGUUAAAAUAGGGAUUGGGUAAAUUACACUAUAACAUGAGUGAUUUUGAUUUUUAAUUAUUUUUUCAGUGUUUUUUUUUUUAAUCUUGCAUGUAUUGGAGUAUUUAUUUCAUCUAUUAAAAUGUUGUUUCUCAGUCUUCUGUGAAUCUCUCAACACUUAAAGAAUACCCUCUGUUGUAUACUGUGUCUCCUUCCCUAAAGAACGAGUGAUUCAGAAAGAGGCUUAAUUUACUAUGAGCUUCUAUAGGUUUGAAUUCUCUGGGUUUUUUUUUUAAUGACAUGUUCUUUUGCUUUUCUCUUCUCCUUCCCUCUCGUUUACCUGCAUUUUUCUUCUGCUUUUCUAAAGUUGGAAUUUGAGAAACCAAAGGGUUAUUUUUUUUCCAGAGCAUUCCAAAAGGGGUUCUACUAUAUUUGAUCCAAAUGUGUCAAAAACGAUCCACCAGAACCUUAAAUAUGUUUAUUCAGAAGCAACCCCCUCUUGUUUUCAGCGAGGAGCUUCUCACUGUAGACAUGUUGAAUUUUGCUGUUUUAAAAUACAGAUUUCUAGAUGUGUACGUCGUGGGAAGUAAGCCCUACUGAUCUCCAUGAGGAUUGCUUUGUGGUAGACAAAAUUGGGUAGCAAACCUGCAGUCCUAGGUGUGUAUGCUAGAGGUUAAGACAUAGGGUGUUAAGGGAAAUUUGUAAUAGUAAUAUUUCUGUUCAGGGAUACAACUUACCUCAGCAAAUCUUCAAGUUGUUAGGGUGCUGUGAUGGGAAAGGAUUUGCGCUGCCUUGAUAUCCUCAGAGGUAGCACAGGCAAUAAUAUGUAAUGAAUGAUAACGAACCAUACUUGCCUAAGCAUUUCUAGGCCAGAGAAUGCUCCCAUGCUUUCAAGUGAUAAUCUGGAGCACGUACAGUGACUCCUUUUGUUCAAGAAAUGUAUCUUGUUUUCUCUCUGUGUUGUUUUUUUUUUUAACGUAUGGCUAUCAGAAUUCGUCUUUUGUAAAGCCGUGUAAUCUUUGAUAUCUGUGGUGAUGGAAGAUGGCUUGCUUUUAGCUGGCAUGGCGACGGUUGGAGGGUUAGCCAAGAUACUACUUGUGUUUGACGUCUGCUGUCAGAGCUGUGUUUAUAAAAACUUGCAUUUUAGUUUGGCCUGGUUGGAAUGGUCUAGGGCAGCAAGCUUAUAUAUGGAGAAGGAGGGAAUUAGUGAAUAUUGAUUAGAGGCUCCAGAAAUCCCAAGGCUGUAGUCUGGGAAAGUAAAAUUAAUACCCCAGAAGAAGGGAACAACAGACUAUUCAAU